CUCACCCAGCCCACCCUGAGAUCCCUUUAGAUAUGCUGCCCCUGGUCUUAACGAUGCUUCUUCCGUGGGUCUCUGCCUACAUCCCCGAGAGGACUGAGGAAAAGAUCAUUGGUGGGCAGACCUGUGUUCCCCACUCCCAACCUUGGCAGGCCGCACUGUUUGUCUCGAAGAAUUUCCACUGUGGGGGUGUCUUGGUGUCUGAUCAGUGGGCCCUCACAGCAGCUCAUUGUAACCACUGGAACCUUCGAGUGGUUUUGGGGAAGCACAAUAUCUAUCAGGAGGAACCCUUCCAGCAAUCAAUCAGGGUGAAGCGCCGGGUCACCCAUCCCAAGUACAGCUCCAGAAAUCUGAAAAAUGACCUCAUGCUGCUCUACCUUGAGAAUCCGGUGAAUCUGACCCCUCAAGUCCGGCCCAUUCAGCUGGCAGAAGCCUGUGCCACUCCUGGGACAACCUGCCAAGUGUCCGGCUGGGGUACCGUCUCCAGUCCUUUCGUCAAAUAUCCCAGCACCCUCCAGUGUGUGGAAGUCAGUAUCCUGUCCAUGGCAAAAUGCAAAAAAGCUUACCGCCGAUAUGGAAUCACCCCAGGCGCGAUGUGUGCAGGGACUGAGAGAGGUGGAAAGGACGCCUGUCGGGGUGACUCUGGAGGCCCCUUGGUGUGCAAUGGGACCCUGCAGGGCAUUGUGUCUUGGGGCAUGGAACACUGUGGCCUGGCCAGAUAUCCUGGAGUCUACACCAACCUGUGCCUCUAUCGGACCUGGAUUCUAAAAGAAAUGCAGAAGCAGAAGAAGUACUAA